AUGGGGGAAAAGGACAAAGAAGGCAGCAAUGUGGGGCUGCCGGCGGCGAUGCCCACUCCCGCGACAAUGGCGUCGCGGUUGCUUGGUGGCGGUGGAGCAGAGGGCAGGAACGGAGCAGAGCAGAGAGGGCGGUUGAGAUACAGAGAGAGACGAGGAGUGAGAAAGAGAGAGAGCAAGGAAGAGGAGGGGUUGGCGCGCGCGGCGAUGACAGCGGUGUGCGUCGGAGUGCUCGCCGGAGGUCACUGGUUGUGGAGGGGUGUUUCUAGUGAAAGAGGGAAGGUUGAUACAACUUUAUUUAUCAUGAUUGAAAACAAAAAUAUCCUUUUGGUACAAGUUUACAUCGAUGACAUAAUAUUUGGUUCAACUAACGAAUCACUUUGCAAGUUUUUCUCAAACCUCAUGCAAAGUGAAUUUGAAAUGUCCAUGAUGGGCGAACUCAACUUCUUCCUUGGUCUUCAAAUCAAACAAGGAAAAGAAGGAACUUUCGUUAGCCAAACCAAAUAUUGCAAGGAAUUGCUCAAAAGAUUUGGAAUGGACAAUGCUAAGGCAAUGGACACACCAAUGAGCACUACUUGCUACCUUGACAAAGAUGAACAAGGUAAAAACAUAGAUGUAAAGAAGUAUAGAGGCAUGAUAGGAUCAUUACUUUAUCUAACAGCAAGUAGGCCAGAUAUCAUGUUUAGUGUAUGCAUGUGUGCGAGAUACCAAGCUAAUCCUAAGGAAUCUCACUUAAGUACGGUGAAAAGGAUUAUGAAGUAUCUCAUAGGAACAUUAAAUGUUGGAUUGUGGUAUCCAAAAGGAUCCACUUGUGAUUUAAUUGGUUAUUCCGAUUCCGAUUUUGCCGGUUGCAAAUUGGAUAGGAAAAGCACUAGCGGCACUUGUCACUUGCUAGGAAACUCUCUUGUUUCAUGGCGUAGUAAGAAACAAGUAAGUGUAGCCUUAUCUACCGCCGAAGCCGAGUAUGUAGCCGCCGGUAGUUGUUGCGCCCAAAUUUUAUGGAUGAAACAACAACUUGUGGACUAUGGACUCAUGCUUGAUCACAUUCCUAUCAAAUGUGAUAAUACUAGUGUAAUAAAUUUAACCAAGAAUCCAGUUCAACAUUCAAGAACCAAGCAUAUUGAGAUUAGACAUCACUUCAUAAGAGACCAUGUUCAAAAGGGUGAUGUGGUUAUUGAAUUGUCGAAACUAGUAAACAACUAG